AUGACCUUAUAUCCCUUUCUCUUAUUACCUUUCCUUGUUUUCUUUUCAAGUCUCCGUUCGAAAAGCAGGAACGUUUCGAUUUGUUCGAAGAAACGAAAAGGCCUUCAGGUAACUUCCUCUCUAUUCAAUUUCACAAUCUCAGUUUUUCUUUCUUUCUUUCUUUCUUUCUUUCUUUCUUUCUUUCUUUCUUUCUAUUUUUUCUUCCACUUCCUCUUUUCUCACUAUUCAAAAAUCUCUUCCUCGGAUUCCGACCGCAUUUACUUAACUCGCCGUAAUUUUUCUUCUCCCCCCACCCCUCACACACUUUUUUACUCUCUGUUAGUUUACUCAGAUUUUCUCUCCCUUUUUUUUUUGUUUUUGCUUUCUUCUCUGAUACAUUUUUCUCUCGUUUUAUCCUUUCGUUUCUCUUCUCUCUCUCUCUCUCUCUCUCUCUCUCUCUCUCUCUCUCUCUCUCAUUUCGAUUUGCGACGAGGCGAAACUCUCCUUCUCUGUCUCUCUCUCACUCACACACAUUCUCAUUCUCUCUCUUUCUCUCUCUCUCUCUCUCUCUCUCUCUCUCUCUCUCUCUCUCUCUCUUUUCAGAAUCGAAUGAGUUCUAUCAGAGGCGGUUCGUCACGGGGGUUGCGGUUUGUCACGAGGCUUGCGGUUUGUCACGAGGCUUGCGGUUCGUCACGAGGCUUGCUGUCCUAA